CCCACCCCGGGCUGACUCAUUCUCUCGUGUGGCUUCGGGAUGCUAACCAACGGCAGUCGGCACUUGAUCAAGGGAGCGUUGCAGUGGGGUGUCUUGGCGCUGGGAAGGGCGACGAUGAGUGCACAGCCAGAAGAUUGGCGCAAGGCUCAAUCCAUUUAUGAAUUUAAUGCCAAAAACAUAGAUGGUGAAGAAGUCUCCCUGGACAAAUACAGGGGAUAUGUCUGCGUCGUCACAAAUGUGGCCUCCAAAUGAGGAAAGACUUCCGUAAACUACACUCAGUUUACUCAGAUAUAUGAUCAGUAUGCUGAGAAGGGUUUACGGAUUCUGGCUUUCCCUUGCAAUCAGUUUGGCAAGCAGGAGCCUGGAAAUGAGGAACAAAUCAAAACUUUUGCCAAUACCCACAAUGUAAAGUUUGAUAUGUACAGCAAGAUUGAUGUAAACGGGGACAAGGCACACCCGCUCUGGAAGUGGAUGAAGGAACAGCCUAAAGGGAAGGGGCUGAUGGGAAAUGCCAUUAAAUGGAACUUCACUAAGUUUCUAAUUAACAAAGAAGGUCAGGUUGUCAAGAGGUAUUCUCCUGUGGAUGAUCCUGUGGUCAUUGAAAAAGAUCUUCCUAACUACUUAUAAAGACCCGUGUAAGCUGUUGGUGGAAUGUAAACUCAAUGUAGUGAAUUUCAGUUUUUCAGUCCGGAUCAAUGAUGGUCUGCUUGUAAACCCAAUGUGGGGAGAGUGGACCUGAUAAUGUGUGUGCAUACCCGGAGGAAAUUCUGAUGAACAUGUUGAGUUUCGUUUUGGUAAAUCUAUACUUGAUGUUUCAUUAGCCCUAAUAUACAAUUAUGUAAAACUGAAUUGUUUUGAGUUCCUUGUUAAUGGCAAUAAAUCUUGACACCAGUUA